UCGGGGCAGCCCUCUCACGCUUCAGACAUGGCGACGCAGAUGGCGGUAAAUUCAGGAGCCAGUCUGUGGGGCCCUCUGAAGGAGCUCUGGGAAGCUGUGGAGGGGGCCAUAUGGAGACGACAACCAGAAAGUGUUCAUCUUUUAGAUCUGCAGUUGAAGAAACACAAACCUUCCUUUCUGACCCUCUUCAAAAACCCAGUGAAGAGCGCAGAACAGAGAGAAAAGGUACGGAAAGCCAGCACAGAAGGCAUUGCUAUUCAGGGCCAGCAGGGUGUGCGACUGCUUCCUGAGCAGCUUAUCUCAGAAGCCUUCAUCCUAAGUGACCUUUUUGACCUGGGAGAACUAGCUGCACUUGAACUGCUGUUGGCAGGAGAGCACCAGCAGCCUCACUUUCCCGGCCUGACUCGAGGCCUGGUAGCUGUGCUCCUUUACUGGGAUGGCAAGCGCUGUGUGGCAAACUCCCUUCCGCUCAUCCAGUCCCGACACGGGAAGACUUUCACGCUUGACUUGAGUCCUGAAUUGGUGAAUCUCACUACACGGUUCACGGAUGAGCUGAUGGCUCAGGGUUUGACCAAACAAAUCUUGAACUUGAUCUCCGAUAUCAGCAUUACCCGUGAGUUUGAGAGACUUCAGAAAGAUCGGGGCCUUGGCAAUGAGAAACACAGAAAAGAGGUGUCCGACCUCAUCAAAGAGUGCCGACAGUCACUAGCAGAGUGUCUGUUUUUAUGGACGUGCCAGUCGCCUCUCAGCAAAGAGGACACCCUGACUCUGAUUGGCCACUUGGAGACAGUGACAGCUGAAGCUGAUGGUUCAUUGGAUAGCGUUAACCUUGCUUUAGUCAUGGGAUUGCUUUAUUGCCUGGAUGUUAGUUUUCUGGAGCAAGGAACAGAGGACAGAGAAGACUUGCUUCAGGCCUUGCCUCUGCUGACAGAGAAGCAGUAUGUGGCAGCAGUGCACAGUCGGCUGGUGGAGGGUCAGGCCUGGAAGCUUCCUGGACUGCAGGCAGUGGUGCAGAUGGCCUGGGCUCUCUCUCUGAGAGCUGUGUCACAGCUUCCACAGGGCGCAGCUCUAGUGGAGUUCACUGAGGCAGAUGAGGCUCUGGCAGACCAGGCACUGUUGGGUGGUGUCUUCCUCUUCCUGACAGAGGGCAUCCUAGGCAGUGAUUGCUUCAGCCAAGAAGAAUUCUACACCCGUCGACUGCAUUCUCUCAUUACAGAUUUCCUGGCUCUUAUGCCAAUGAAGGUGAAGCAGUUGCGUAACCGUGCCGAUGAAGAUGCUCGACUGAUCCACAUGGCUCUGCAGAUGGGCAGCGAGCCACCAUCAUCUCUACGCAAGGACUUGGAUCACCUCAUGAUACUUAUUGGAGAGUUUUACGGUAAAGAUCCGUUUGAACUUGAGCUGGCCCUGGAGUUCUGGUGUCCAUCAGAGUCUCUUCAACACACUUCACUCACUGGAUCUUUUCUUGGAGUACCUCUCCAAAGACCCCCUCACAAACAGGUGGUUCUCUCCAAGUUUGUGCGUCAGAUGGGUGAUCUGCUCCCCGCUACUCUCUACAUCCCUUACUUGCGCAUGCUGAAAGGUCUUGCUAAUGGUCCUCAGUGUUCCCACUACUGCUUUAGUCUGCUUAAAACCAACGGAGCUCCACACGGAGAGAACCGGCAAGCUGGGGUGUCGGGCAGUGUUGUGUCAUGGGAGCACUUUUUCCAUUCUCUAAUGCUUUACCAUGAGAACCUGCGACGAGAUGUGCCCAGUGCCGACAGCACACAGUACCGCCACCCACCCAUCAGAGGCAUCACUCAGAGAGAGCUAGAAGGCCUCACAGCAUUCCUCCAGCUGCUCACCACUAUCAUCACCUGGAGUGAGAAUGCACGUCUAGCUCUUUGUGAACAUCCUCAAUGGACGCCUGUGGUAGUGAUGCUGGGAUUGCUGCAGUGCAGUGUUCAGCCUGUGCUAAAAGCUCAAGUCUUGCUUGCUCUUGCUGCCUUUGGCAAAUCUCCUGAGAUCGCUGCGUCCCUCUGGCAAUCACUGGAGUACACACAGAUCCUGCAGACAGUGAAAGUCCCUGGACAGAGGCAGGCUGCUGGGAUUGAGGUGGAGCUAAAUGAGAUUGAGUCGAGCUGUGAGGAGUAUCCUCUCACAAAGGCCUUUUGUCAUCUGAUCAGUACUCUGGUAGAGAGUGCACUUCCAGUGAAUCUUGGAGCAGGAUUGCGUGCACCAGGCUUUCAGCCUUAUCUUGACUUCCUGCGUGACUCUGUGUUUCUGGCCUUCCCCACACGUGCUUAUCGGCGACCAGCAGAAAAGUGGGAAGUAGCUGAGGCAGUGCUAGAGGUGUUUCAUAAACUUCUGAGAGAAUAUGAGCCACAGCCAGCCGACUUCUUGCUGGAAAUGGUGGAGCUUCAGGGAGAGCAAGUGCCGGCCCAUAAGCCCCCUGGACACAGUCUGAUGUUCCACCUGCUGAAUGACUCACCCACCUUCUCUCUCUGCCUCAGUCUGCUGGAGGAGGGCGCUCGCCAGCUAGACUCCUACGCCCCCUUUCCUGGUAAAAAGCAGUUGGAGUCGGCAGUGCUACACUGUCUGUGUUUGUUGGAGCUGGCUCUGCAGAAGGAGGUGACCUUUAUGGAUCUGCUGAGAGAAAGUCAGACAUCGCUACUUGUUUCCCUGGAACAACUUCUGCAGGGUGUCAGUGCUCAAAGCAGACGGGCCGAUCACAUCACCAACAUUGCCAGGUACCUGUACCACAGCAGCUCAAACCCUGAUGCUGCUUUCCAGAGUGCCAAGAUCCUGCGCCGUAUCACACGCUACCCAAACAUCCAGGCCAGACUGGUUGGAGACUUCACACAUGAUCAGAUGGUGAGUGAGAAGUUGAUGGCUGGUUUUGUGGAGUGUUUGGACAGUGAGGAAGCUCAGGAGGGAGUAGCUGCAGAUGACUCGGACCCUGAGAAACGGGUGGCAAGGAUUCGUCAUGAAACCAAGAUCCACAUCCUGAACCUUCUGAUCACCUCUCUAGAGCUAAAGGGCCCCAAUCUGGGCUUGUAUCUACUGGGCUAUGAAGUGAAGAAGCCGGUUUCCUCAACUAACCUGCAGGACCCAGGUGUUCUUGGCUGUCCACGGAGCUGCCUGCAUGCAAUCCUCAGUCUGCUCCAGAGGGGUAGUGAGUGGCGCACUGGACCUGUGCUCACCAAACAAGCCCCUCAACUAGCUGAACUCUGCUACCAGGUGAUCUAUCAGCUGUGUGCCUGUCCUGAUACUUCUGGGCCCACCAUGCGUUACCUCAGGACCAGUCAGGACUUCUUGUUCUCUCAUCUGCAGCACCUUCCUUUCAUUCUACCAAAGAAUGAGAUUGCUGCACUGUCUCAGAUGUCCUGGCUGAUGAAGACUGCAGCCAUUGAGCUCAGAGUAACCUCACUAAACCGUCAGCGCUCUCACACACAGAGACUGCUCAACCUCCUCCUGGAUGACCAGCCACACACAUUACAUUCCGCAGAUGGAGAGACGGGCAUGGAAGAGGAGAGUAGAUCAGUCAGUGGUUUUCUGCACUUUGGCACGGUCUCCAAGGUACGCAGGAGGCUGCUGAGUGUUUUGGAUGCCAUAGACUUCAGUCAGGAGGCCCCGGAGCUUCUGCAGCUGGACUUCUUUGAGCGUGCUCAGAUUGAACAGGUCAUCACCAACUGUGAACACGUCAAUGAGCAGGGACACACAGUCUGCAACGUCAAGUUGCUCCAUCGAGUUUUAGUUGCAGAGAUUAACGCACUGCAGGGCAUGGCGGCCAUUGGGCAAAGACCUCUGCUGUUGGAGGAGGUGAACUCAAUCCUGCAGCAGGUGGUGGAGAGAAACCGUGUGCGGUGUAGUCUCAGUGCCAAGCGUCAUGCUUUGCAGAGCUGGAGGAGUCUGGUUGAGACCAUCCUCACAGCCUGUCCUUCAGAGCUCAUCCCAGCAGACCAGCGCCAGCUGAUCAUCAGAGAUUUGCUGCUGGAUCUGCACGACAAGGUGUUGUCAGAAGAUGCUGCUGGUGAAUUGAUGCCAAUUGUAGCUGGGGCAGUCUUCACAUUAACAGCACAACUCAGCCAAUCGGUGCUGUCUGAGCAGCAGGGGGCGGGGCCAGAGGGUGGUUCUGGAUCAGGAUUUGCUUCAAUUGCUAACUCCGCCCUCCACCUCAUCCUGAGGAAGCUACUGGAUUUUAUCUUGUGCACAGGUGGAGGUUUCCAGCGUCUGCGGGCUCACCUUUAUGGUGCUCUGCUCUAUUACCUGCAAAUUGCCCAGAAACCUGAGGAGCCAGAGACACUCCAAACAGGUGCCUCAAUGUGGGAGCGUUUGACCGCCCCUGAAGAUUGUUUCUCCAAGCUGCAGAGAGAGAACUUGUCCAUCAUUGAGAGCUAUGGCACUGCACUCAUGGAGGUUGUGUGCAGAGAUGCUUGUGACGGCCAUGAGAUUGGCAGGAUGCUAGCUCUGGCCGUGCUGGACCGGGUGUUGUCUAUAGACAGACAGAGCCAGUGGCUGGUGUACAUGUGUAACAGUGGGUACCUGCGUGUGCUGGUUGAGAGCCUGAGACAGGACGAUGUCGCCCUGCAAACUCUACUCACCCCUCAGCCUCCACUGCUCAAACCACUCUACAUCUACGAGUCCAAAAUGGCGCUGCUGACCCGUGUGGCUAAGACAGCGCAGGGUGCGAUGGAGCUCCUCCGCUGUGGGCUGGUUGGUCAGCUGGUGGAGUGUCAGGUGUUUCACAUGCUCCCUCAAAAUGAUGCACUCAGAGUGUUCGGGCAGAGAGAUCCAUCAGGAUUUAUUCCAAGUCCUCUAGAGCGAUACAGACAGAUCCUGCUUCCUACUCUCAGACUCAUGCAGGUCAUCUUGACUUCCACCACCACACAGCACCAGCAGGGGGCGGCACAGGUGCUGCAGUGGCUCAUCGUCCACUCUGAUGUGAUUCAGUCCAUCCUUCAUGGUCAGGACAUGAGCAUGGGUGCUCUUCAGGAGCUCUCUCUCCUCACUGCCAUCAUCAGCAAGACCGCCCUGCCAGGAGCGCUGGAGAUGGGACAGGAAAUCAACAGUGCCGCCCUUAUGGAAUUACAGGGACACAUCGGCAGGUUCCAGCGUCAGUCGUUGUCUCUGCUGGUGCGGCUGGUGGGAACUGAUCGCGCUCGCUACCUGAAGCAGAUCGAGGAGUCCGUCUCCCGCGACCUCGCUGAAAAGAGAGAGGAAAUGGAGGUUGCCAUGCAACAGAUUUGUGCCAAUAUCAUGGAGUACUGCCAGACUCUUCUGCUGCAGAGCUCAGCUGAAGCCCAGUUCACUCUCUGCCUGUUCAGCCCGUCAGCAAGUGAACCAGCAGAUGUCGCCGUUCCCUCUGCUCGGGUGCCCAGCCUGGGAUUCGUUCUGCUGCUGCUGAAGAACAGCGCCACUGACUUCUUCCGAUAUCACGACAGCCACAGACAGAGCCUGAACAAGCUGGAGCGAGUGGAGCAGCUUCCCCCCGAGGAACUCAAGGAGCUGUGCCAGGGUCUGGUGUCUGGUUCUGGUGGAGUGGAAAAGAUCUCAUCGGUGCAGAGAAACGUGCUUGCCAAGCGCCGUCUCGUCCAGCUGGUCAACAACCGAGCCAAGCUUCUCGCCCUCUGCUCCUAUAUCGUGGAGACGUGCCUGUUUGUGAUCUGGCGCCACCUAGAGUUCUACUUGCUGUACUGCACCCCCUCUGACCCCAAAGACUCACUUCUGCCGGGUUACAGAGAUCCUAGCGGCAGCAGAGGUUUAAGCGUGUCGAGAGUGAGCCAGCAAGAUCUUGAACAGCUGCAGAGUGACGUGGCGAACAGCUUCAGUGAGCCGUUACAGAGGAAGCUGCUGGAGGUGGAGGGUCUUUACAGCAAAACCCGCUCCCGUCACACCUUUAUCCAAGCCCUGACGCGCAGGAUCCGAGGCCUGGUGCAUCACGCCAAAGGCUGAACGCUCACAUACAUGUAUAGUCCCCUCAAAUAGUGUUAAACAUUACUCUUUUGAAUUAAGUGGCAAAUAAUUGCUUUUUUGCAGUUUUGAAUACUAUCAAUCAACACUGAAGAUCUCUGUAUUGGAUUUCAGCUUUUUCUAUUGUGGUAAAUAAAUGGUUUUCUAAACAGA